UCCAUAGGGACUGACCUUUACAAACACCAGGGCCGACAGCAGAACAGACACGAUGGAUCACGAUGACUAGGAGCGUCACCACCUCUAUGGUCUAUAAAAUCACGUCAGGGCUUAUGGUUCACAGAAGCAUUAUCCUCUAUGGGCAUAUGGCGACACCACUUAGGCUGACUACUGAUAAGCCCCUCGUCCGCUCUCAUGACGUGUGAUUCACCAUUCGCACUUGCUCCCCUUCCCGGCCGAACCACGGUGGGGUUUCAUCACUAUCAGCAUCCUUUCUUUGCAGGGUCUGAGUCCGAUCCACAUUACGUUAGGAAGACUCCUGGCGUUCCUUAUUCCAUUCCCAACUGCCAGCGGAAGUUGACUGACGAACAUUCAAAGUGCGACAGGAAUCUUGGCUGGGGCAUUGACUGGGCAACCGCCUUUAUCGUCGACCACUUGGAUAGCAAGACCGCGUCAGAGGUAGGAGAAACGCUAAGGAAUAUUGCUGUCCGCGCCUCCCAACUGGUCCAGGAAGGGCAAUGGAGACAGGUCGUAUAUCGGGCAUUCAGCGGUCUCAACAAUGCACUCUUCGCCGGUCAGCUGAAGGAUGCAGUUUACCUGAACUUUGGUCGCCUUGGUCCGCUCGUCUCUGGAGCCACCUUUACCCACGGCCACGGACCUCAUCACAGAGUGCGACGGAUCUCCGUCAUUCUCAACACGGACAUACUUCAGAACAUUGGUGGCCCUUACCUGAUCUCGAGCCUUAUCCAUCACAUGGUUCAUGCUUACUUCCUUGUUGCCUGUGGACCGGAGAAAGAGGGGGAAAGGGAGUAUGGAAGAUUGGACCACGGGCUCCCGUUCUCCAAGAUCAUGUCUGCAAUACAGAAAGUAGCCCAGUCGCAAGGCAAGAUGUGGCUACCCAGUCUGGAUAUGUCGCAUCGCCUCCGGAGACAAGCUGCAUACAAUGGGUACCGUUCAAGGGUUCUCCGCGAACUGGAAGAUGACUGGCACUACACCUAUUGCCCCGUGAACUUGGAGCUGGUCUCUGAGGAUGACGUGGAGAAGUGGUAUGGUGGAGUUUGCAAGCCGUUGACGGAACUGCCUGACUCGGUCAAGUCGGCCAAAGUCUUCGUAUAUAACAGACGAGAUGAGCUGGAAGAAGACAAGGCUGUCUUAGUCCCCAUGAAGAAGAUGGACGAGUUCCCGAGUAUACGCAAGGCAUUUGAAAAGUUGGAACACCGCUACAUGGAGAUUCCCGAAGACGUGUCUGAAGACACCUUCAUGGCCUUCCUCGAGCUCCUUCAUACAGGUAGCUACAGCCCGGAUAUUGGACCUGUCUCCAGCACUCGUGGACCGCCAAUCAUCAAGCCCACACGUCCGUCCUCCGUUCCGUGCCUCGCCCGUGACAUCAGCGUCUUCAAAAUGGGCGCGGAAAUGAAGCUCGAAGACCUCACGGACAUCUCGCUCCAUCGCAUGCGCGCGCAAUGCAUCACACACGAAGACCCGAUCGCCGUGCUGCAAGCCAUCUACGAGGGCGGGGAUCCCCAUCCCGAUAUCCGGCAAUGGGCCAAGGACUUUUUGAUCGCGAGCCCG